AUGUCGACUCAGCCGCAGACCGCAUUGUCCCAAGUUGGGAAGCUUAUUAGUGUGGUGCCCGUUGGAUUGAAAGAGGCUGCUCUGGAUUCCCCGACUUUUCGGGCCACCACACUUCAUUUCUCCGAGCAAAUCGAAUACCUUGAAAGAUGGCUGGAUGGCUAUGCGAAGGCUGCUUCGAAGCUCGUCACGGAGCUUGCGACCAUAGAAAAUGUGAUGAAUACCUUUCUGGCGUAUUCUUCGAACCCUCCCAUCGUCUCCGAAGCUGCCCUCGACCAUGAUUAUACCUUACAGGCAAUGAGCAGGUGUGGUGAGAGCUCGAAAGAUCUGUGGAAUGGUUUAAUGGCCACUGCGAAGAAAAUGGAAUCGCUUGUAUCAGAGCCUAUAAGAACUUUCGUUCACGAUGAUUUACGGAGUUUCAAGGAGACUCGUCGCACCCUCGAACAAGCGCAGAAGCAGUACGAUUCCCUUCUAUCUAGAUAUGCUUCACAGUCCAAAUCAAAAGAACCUUCGUCCCUGAGAGAAGAUGCUUUCCAGCUCCACGAAGCCCGCAAAGCCUACCUGAAAGCGUCAAUGGACUUUUCAGUGCAAGCACCACAAAUACGAAACUCGCUCGAUCGACUGUUAGUCCGAGUUUCCUUCGAUCAGUGGAGGGAAUUUAAGGCCCUCCAUAAUGACAAUGGUGCAUCGUUUGCCAAAUGGGGCCAAGAGAUGGAUCGCAUAAAAGGUUGGAUCCAUGAAAUGGAGGGCAGCGAGAAGUUCUCAAAGCGUGAGCUUCUUUCCGCCAGAAAGCAUAUUGAAGACGCUGCAGAGCUGGCUUUCAGGCCGUCUCGAGAGCUGGAAGACUAUUCAGUAUCCACCGUUCCGUAUCUAGGGUCUCGCCCUCUGUCGGACCUGAACAUGCCUAAGGAAGCACGGCCCGAGAAACAAGGCUGGGUUUAUCUGCGAACAUUGUCAGGCAAACCAACACGUACUGUUUGGCUGAGACGUUGGGCCUUUUUGAAGAACGGUAUCUUUGGUUGCCUCGUGCAGGGUUCUCGAACUGGGGGGGUUGAAGAAAGCGAGCGUAUAGGCGUGCUAUUGUGCAGUAUACGGCCUGCUUUCCAGGAGGAACGAAGAUUCUGCUUCGAAGUGAAGACCAAGAGCAACACCAUAGUACUGCAGGCCGAGACUCAGAAAGAGCUCACUGAAUGGAUUGCUGCAUUUGAAGCAGCUAAACGAAAAGCACUGGAAAACCCGACAAGCACCGACAUCUCGGUUUCCGGAAAGGUUACUGUUCAAGAUCCAGCCUUUGCAAUCUCUCAGCCUCCAGCGCCUGAAUUUGCUGCUGAUCCGGCCGACUCGCUCACGCCGCACGCAAAUGAUGAGCAUGGACCAUCGGAUCGUAGCGGAGGGUUGUCAGUUCCAGAGCGGGACCCAUCAGCCUUCCGAAACAGCAGCGAUCUCGGCAGCCCUAGGCGCAUGACUGGGUUGGAUCCCGAGAGUUCUGCGCGAGACCAUACUUCCAGACUCAUUCAGAAAUUGGAUCUCCACCGCAAGUCCAACAAUAAUGUUGUCCCACCUUCUAUAUCUCUGCCCGGUGCAGGUGGUGGUAUCGCAGGCCUGAUCUCCUCCAGCCAUAUCACUCUAGGGCAUAGCAACGGUCUCUCCGUCGGCGGGACCGAUGAUGGAAGCAGAAGUCGCAGUUUGACGAACCGGAACCUUCCUCCUACGACACUCGCACCUUCCACCUUGGCGAAUCCACCCGCCCCUACCAGUAUGAGCAAGGCGGCUGUAAUCGUCAGCAAUGAACGAGGUAUUGGGUUGGGGCAAGCCGACAAGACAGGCGGGAUGCCUAGCGGUAUGAUGGCCAACCUGUGGGGUAGUUCCAACUGGGGCUUCAUGAACCGACUCGAACGCGAACGUGAUGCUCAGCUUGCAGGGGCCGGCGUGGGAGCUUCUGUGGGACAACAACCAUCAACGCCGGCGAUUGAUUCGUCAAAGCAACCGCAAUCAUCUGACGUAGAUUUGACCAACGGCACAUCAGCAUCCAAGCAGCAGAUCUCUGGCCCUCGCCAUAGGCAGACUGUUAGUCUUGACGGCGAUGCGUCCAAGGUGCAGAGGGCAAUUCUGGGUAUUUCGCAUGAGUAUCCCAGUUACUAUCCCGAGCAGCUUCGACCUCAGGAUGCUCAGUUUCGUCUGCUCUUUCCCGACGUCAAAAGAGAGGAGCCUUUGGUCAUGGUCUUCCGAGCUACAUGGAAUCCCAACGAUCAGCAAGAAUUUCCUGGAAGAGCAUACGUUACCACUCGCAGCAUAUAUUUUUACAGUCAUUAUUUUGGAUUAGUUCUAACCACAGGUGUCCCGCUGGAGAGCAUCAAGGAAGUGACUGCUGCACCUGGCAGAGACUGCGACUUCUUAUUCCUCCAUACUAUCCCGCCUCUUGGUGAGGAUACUCCCGGACGAGUCACGGUGAAAACAUUCCUUGAGCCUCUAAGACUUCUUCAAAGACGCCUGAAUUUUUUGAUUCAAGAUUCAACCGCGGUGGAACCCAUGGGGUUGGAAGCAAUUUUCAAGACUCUGAUCAGAAUGGAGACGGACACGAGGAACCGUAGCCCUAGCCUGAACAGCUGGGAAGAUGCGGCCGUUUCGGAUGACAAGAAUGGUAUCGAAGAGGACAACAUUGCUGCCGGACAGCAAAAAGAUAUCCGCCGACCUAUUUACAUCGACUAUGACUUGGAUCCGCAUUCAAAGAACGGCAAACACGGCAAAAAUGCGCCAAAGUUCCGGUUGCCAACACAACCUGUUCAGUAUGUUCCCCAAGGCAACCUCCACCUCGCUGCAGAGAAGAUAUUCGAUAUUAGUCCGAAGGCGAUAUUCCAUAUCCUUUUCGGCGACAAGAGUGCUGUUUGGCAACUCCUUUUGCACGAAAGAAGAUCGCGAGAUAUCAAACAGGGGCCGUGGAUCAGAAACGAAUCUCGGCAUUUGCGACGUGACUUUGAAUAUCAUAUCGAGACAACCGACUUGCUUGGACGCACUCAGGACAAGACGAUUUCUGAUUACCAAAUCAUUGAUGUUCUCAAUGAUCACUUAUGCUACGUGGUGACCGACAAGCGAACUCCGUGGCACCUUCCCUUUAAGCGCUCGUUCAGGUUGGUGAGCAAGAUUGUGAUUACAUUCGUCGCGAAGGGGAAAAGCAAGCUUGCAGUAUACACGAAAGUGGAGUGGCUUGGGUCUCCUAAUGGCCUCCAGAGGAUCAUCGAGAAGCAAGCAACAGGUGACUUGGAGCAAGACGCGCUGGACCUCGUUGAUCUUGUCAGCGAUCAGGUGCGAAAAUUGGGCUUCCAUAGCCGAACAAAAAAGGCCAUCACCAUAUUCGGUCACAUCGGACGCCAACAACAUACAUCUCAAUUUUCGUCAAGCGAAUCAGUUCUGAAACUUGAACCUCGAAAGCCUCGGCAUCAGAGGACCCUAACUCAACUCUUACUAGAGACGCUUCUCUCCUUCCUGGAGAGCGCCGUUUCGUCCAUAAUCAUGUGGACUUUUGCCUUCCUUCGCUGGACCUGGAAAACUACGAAUGCAAACAUGAUCAUUCUAGCCCUCCUGAUCUCCAGCGCUUUGAUGAACGGACUCUUCACUUCACGGUACACUUAUGAUUGGUGGCAUGAGAGGAACGUGGGAAACUUCAUGGCUCGUCUUGGAGUCGGUCCCAACCAUGUGAUGAGCAAAGCCGUCUAUAUGAGGGAUAUCGACGAGGUGAUUGCUAAUGCCACUGUCGGCCAAUCUAGCAACAACAUGAGUAAAUGUUUCUCUACGUUCUACCAGCAGACAGUGAGCGACCAGGGGACAGUCCUUUCCUUUGGCGCCUCAGGUCCUCGAGACUCAGUGACACGAAGUGCGGCCAGGCGGAUCCAUCAAACCCGCGAGCGACUCGCUAUGUAUAGACACAACUUGUUAGUGGCGCUCCGGGUAGUGAACAGCAUUGAAAGAGAGGUCAUUCAAGGCGAGUGGGAGCGAUGGCUCCGGCAGGAAUUGAGACGCUGCCACCAAGUGGAAAACCUUCUCGGAAAGGAUAAGGAGGAUGACGGAUUCAACACGGGGGUUGACCAAGCAAGUCAAACUGUUUUUGCAGACCUCGCGGGUGACGUUCAGCAGUGGUACGAUAAAUACUGUACCAGUUGCCAGGUGGAACAGGAGCAGCUUGAGAGGAGCGGUGUUGUAUAUGGUAUUUAG